GCAUCCAUGGCUUGUCCGGUUUGACAAGUCAUACUCAUCCAGCAUCUGGUCAGAUCUCCCACCCAUUCAGGAACAUCUCUCUCUACUUUCUCUCUCUAGACUUACAUCAUCACAAGGCACAUGGCUUUCAAAUCUGCAAAGCUUUGCAGUAAAAUUCCAUUAGCCCUAGAAUUCAAAGCUAGGGUUUGCUCUCUGAAGAAAAUCAAGAGAGCAGCAAUGGGUAAGCCGGCGAAGUUCCCAGGCAUCACUGAGGAAUUGCAGGCGAUCUUGGAGGCGAACAUGGACCAAGCGCCGGCGAGGCGUCGCGCUCGUGAAGCAUUCAAAGAUACUCAGCUGUCAAUUGAUUAUUGCUUGUUCAAGACGCCAUAUGAUGGGUUAAAGAUGGAGGAGGUAUAUAAGGUGAACUCUAGAGGCUUGGAAAUUUUCACAAAGAGUUGGCUUCCGGUUUCCUGUCCUCCCAAAGCAGUGGUUUGUUUUUGUCAUGGUUAUGGAGACACUUGCACAUUUUUUGUCGAAGGAAUUGCUAGGAAGUUAGCAUCAUCUGGAUAUGGAGUUUUUGCAAUGGAUUUUCCAGGAUUUGGUCUUUCAGAAGGUCUUCAUGGCUAUAUACCAAGCUUUGAAAGGCUGGUCGAUGAUGUCAUCGAGCACUACUCAGAAGUGAAAGAGAACCCAGAGUUCCGUGGUCUCCCAAGCUUCUUGUUUGGACAGUCUAUGGGUGGAGCAGUUGCUCUGAAGGUGCACCUGAAAGAACCCAACUCAUGGAACGGAGCCAUUCUUGUUGCACCUAUGUGCAAAAUUGCAGACGACAUGGUUCCACCAUGGUUAUUGACACAAAUCCUAAUUGGUAUAGCUCAAUUUCUUCCAAAGCAAAAGCUAGUUCCACAAAAGGAUUUCGCAGAUAUGGCAUUCAGAGACUUGAAUAAGAGAAAAUUGGCAGCCUACAAUGUUAUUGCUUACAGGCAUAAACCACGCUUACAAACUGCUGUACAGUUACUCAGAACCACCCAAGAGAUUGAACGACGAUUGCAAGAUGUCUCUCUCCCAUUGUUGAUCCUGCACGGGGAGGCUGAUGUAGUGACUGAUCCAUCCGUAAGCAAGGCUUUGUAUGAAAAGGCUAGCUGUUCGGACAAGAAACUCAACCUUUAUAUGGAUGCUUAUCAUUCCCUUCUUGAAGGCGAAACAGAUGAGAUGAUACUUCGAGUUUUUGGUGAUAUCGUUUCUUGGCUUGAUGAGCACAGCACAAAAGCCACUUCUUGAUCGGUUGCAGCUCUUCUUUCCCGAACCCACGGAGAUAAAAAGAAAAUCCUGGAUUGUUGUGAAUGAAAAAUAAAAAAGAAAAAGUAAAGAAAAGAAAAGAAAAGAACAUAAAUGUUGUUAUUGCACACGAAUCGUAUUGUGCAUCACAUCUGAAAUGUUAUUUAUAUGGACAGUGUAACUAUUUUUUGAAUAGGUUGUUAGAAGAUUUUUUUCAAUGCAUCCUGCAGUUGUUGCUUCGGGGUUCUCA